UGAGUAAAUUGAUUAAUUAAAAUAUAGUAACAUACUUAUAUAUAUAUUAUAAUAUGAUAAUGUGAAUGAUAAUAUAUACAUAACAUAAGAAAAUAAUAAGAAAAAGUAUGCCAAAAGUUCGAAAUCAAAUUGAUAAACGAUACAAACCAUUUCGAUAUAAUGAAAUUGAUUAAAAUAAUAAUGGUGCAAGCGGGCCAAGCCCUGCUGUUUAUUUCUUGUUUAGAAGGCCUAUCCAAGCCUACUGCGUUUUCCAAGUUAGCGUUAGACAUAUAAAAUAUGCAUCUCUCUCUCUCAAAUUAGGAUUCCUGCCCUAAUAUAUAAUUUGCCACCGCCAAAUCGUUUCGUUCCACAUCUGAAUUGUUUCCCAACCGAAUCAGUUCUUCAAAUACUACAUGUCUCAAACCAACCUACCUUUCAAAGAUGGUCAAACUGUUGAAGUAAGAUCCUUUGAACAUGGAUAUCGUGGAGCUUGGUUUCGUUGCAAGAUAGUAAGGAUAUACAUAGUGGAGGAGAAAUUGUACUACAGCUUGAAGUAUCUUGAUUACGAAAAAGAAAAGAUACAUGAGCAACAAGUCUUUCAGCGGUUUGAAGAUGAGGAGAAAGAGUGGAUAAUGGUUCGACCCUCGUACCCAUCAGUCCAUAAAAUCGAGGCUGACCAAAAACCUCUUGACGUCGCUCGUGGCUCUUGGAAAGUAGGAGACUUAGUUGAUUGGCAUAAAGAUGAUUGUUACUGGUCUGGAACGGUUGUGGCAUUGAAGAAGAACGAACCAUUACAGGUUGAGCUGUAUCCUCCACCACGUGGUGAAGGAGCGACUUACAACGCUUUGAGAAAGGACUUACGUCCAUCAUUGGAAUGGUCACUUGAAGAUGGCUGGACAUUGCCUUCUGCGGACGGAAGACAAGGCAGUGUGCUCGGCUCGUGAAACGUAAGAAAUGAAAGUUAGGCUUUCUACUUAUAUGAACGAUGAUUCUAUUAUGAGUAUUCUCUUAUGUUUUUUUUUUAGAACUCAAUUGAAUUUCUUUCACACUUUGUGGAAACUCCUACUGUAUAUAACUCAUUUUAACAUUAGAUAAUGUGUCAAGAGAACCAUAAUUUAUAAUA